AUGCCUAUCCGUGUGUGCCGGGUGGAGAAGAACCGCACCGAGGACGUAGACGAGGAUGAGGACGAAGACGAGGACGAUGGCGAGGAUGGGCGGUAUGGUGCGGCGUACGCGGAACACGAGCACGAAGGCGACGACGAGGGCGAGAACGACUCGGAGGGGGGUGGGAGCCGUCAGGCGCCUCAACACCACCAUCAAUACCAUAACACCCCUGGGACUCUGCCGGAAGUGGACCAACAACGCCGCAUCCGGAGGAUUCGAUCGCGUCAAGCGGCGGAACAGGCGCGAGGACGCAGUGCCACGUACGGGCGGUACGUACGGGGGAUGCGAGGUGGACUGGUCCCGGAAGUGACGUCACCGGCGGCGACCGGAUCCGUUUCACCUCCGGACGAGGACGAACGCCGAAGGCACGAUCGGCGCGAGAGCGACGAAAUGGAGGAGCUGCAGUACGUAGAGGACGACGAAGAGAUUGGGGUGGAGUACGCCGUACUACUGCCGGAUUCGUUCGCCGUCCUUGACGCGUCCUUUUAG